AUGCUUCACUGGAAUCUCAAUGCACUGCUCACGUUCGCAUGGCUUUUCUUAUCAGCUGGAAUGAUCUUACUUGGCAUAUGGUUGCUAAUUGAUUGUCCGAUAAAUCUUUCGAUAAUCAAUCAAAUUAUUCGAUAUUUCGAUUGUCAAAUGCAAUGUGCAAAAUCACGUGAUACAUCGAAAUUCUAUUUCAUUAAUUUUUAUAUAGUUACACUUCUAGUCAAUGUCAUUUUGUUUAUUUUCAAUCUCUCAUCUUUUUUACUCUUCUCUCUUUUUCUCUUACAUAUAUUUCGUCGCCUGUAUGAAUGUUUAUAUGUGCAUCAAUAUGUAUUUCAAACUAAUAUCGAUUAUCUCAAUUAUUUUCUUCGAUUGCUUCAUUAUCCCUGUGUGGGAUUGACAAUUAUCAUGGAUUAUAAAUACUCGUUAACGCAGUUAACAAUUCGGCAAGCUUUUCUUGCACUAAUUCUCUUUUUUAACGCAAGUUAUAUUCAAUAUAAUAUUCACGUAACUUUAGCAAAACAAAUCCAUUCGAAUCCGGAUAAUUCGUGGAUUUUCAAUUCUUAUUUAUGCCCAAACUCGCUUGCAGAAAUCGCCAUUUACUUUUCUUUUUACAUUGCAAGUUAUCGCACAUCAUCGAUGGCGGCACUAUUGGUAUGGAUUGUUUUAAAUCAGACUUCGUCAGCUCUCUUAAAUCAUCGAUGGUAUGGCCACAAAUUAUACUCGACGAAAGGACAUACAUUGGUUCCAUUUAUUCUGUAA